CACUCGUCAUCUUAUAUAAUCUCGCUUUGCUGAGAAACGGUGACAGUCGCCAUGAGAACUCUGUGGUGUUUGGUUUCCUUGGUAACAAUUGUUGCUGCCCAGCCGAGGGCAGAGCUGGAUUGGUGGCAAACUGCAGUCUUCUACCAGAUUUAUCCACGAUCAUUCAGAGACAGUGAUGGAGAUGGAAUUGGCGAUCUUAAAGGUAUUACAGAGAAACUUGAGCACCUGAAGGACAUCGGUGUUGGAGGAGUAUGGCUGUCACCCAUCUUCAAAUCACCAAUGGCAGAUUUCGGCUAUGACAUUUCGGAUUUCCAAAACAUCGACGCCAUGUUCGGAACAAUGGAGGACUUCGACAAUCUUCUGGAGAAAGCAAAAGAAUUCGACAUAAAAGUUAUUCUCGACUUCGUGCCAAAUCAUUCCAGUGACGAACAUGAAUGGUUUGUGAAGUCUGCGCAGAAUGAUGUUGAUUACAGCGACUUCUACGUGUGGCACGACGGGAAAGUGCUAACAAAUGGGACCAGGGUUCGUCCAAACAACUGGCAAAGUGUGUUUGGGGGUCCCGCUUGGACGUUUCACGGGGGACGACAACAAUAUUAUCUGCAUCAGUUUGACCCCAAACAACCUGACCUCAACUACAGCAACCCCCUUGUUGUGGAGGCUAUGAAGGAUGUUCUCCGGUUCUGGCUGGACAAAGGCGUUGAUGGGUUUCGAGUUGAUGCAGUGCCGCAUCUGUUCGAGGGGCCCAUAGAUGUAGACGACUCAGUGACCUCAGCCCCUCAACACCGCCCCGAAACUUACGAAAUGGUCGUGCAGUGGCGCAAGAUAAUGGAUGAGAAAAGCGUUCAAUAUGGAGGGACCAAAGUGCUGAUGCUGGAGGCUUAUGGGAGUGUUGAUGAUAUAAUGGGUUACUACGGGACACCGAGCGCUCCCGGCGGGCAUUUCCCAUUUAACUUCCGAUUGAUUUCGGAUAUAGAUAAGUCUUCAUCAGCUGAAGAUUUCAGCACAGUUAUUAAUGAGUACUUGGAGCACAUGACAGACGGCCGAACUGCCAACUGGGUGUUGGGGAACCACGACAAACAUCGAGUUGCCAGUCGUUUCGUUCCAGAACUCGUCGACGGACUGAACUUCCUGGCGCAUUUGUUGCCAGGGAUCGGUGUGACAUACAAUGGAGAGGAAAUUGGAAUGGAGAACACGUUUAUCACAUGGGAACAGUGUAGAGAUCCACAGGGCAUAAAUGCAGGACCUGAACAUUAUUUGGAGGCAACGCGUGACCUGGAGAGGACGCCGUUCCAGUGGGACAGUAGCACCAGCGCAGGUUUUUCGAGCAGUGAGUCAACAUGGCUGCCAGUGAACCCUAACUAUGUGGAACUGAACUUGGAGGCCCAGAAAGCUGCAGAGAAGAGCCACUACAAAGUGUACAAGCAGCUGACAGAACUGCGCAAGAAUCCAACCAUUCAGCGGGGAGGCGCCCACGUCGCUGCUCUUUCUCAGAACGUCCUGGGUUUUACAAGAACCUUGCCCGAUGAGGACACUUAUGUUGUCGUGAUCAACCUGGGAGACGAGAUGGAAGUUGUGGACGUGAAGAAAGCUCUCAGCGAGGUGCCAGAUAAAAUAAAAAUACAUAUUCUUGGCAUAAAUUCGAGGCACAUGGCGGGGCACACAUUGUCCUCGUCCAGUCUAGAGAUUCAGCCGAAGGAAGCUUUCGUCUUUAUAGAUCCUGGGAAUUCUGUCAGCAUGAUCCUCCCAAGUUCUCUCUUUGUGCUCAUCGUGCAGUUUGUCAUUCGAUACGUAUAAAUAUCCGUUGAUACAAUGUCGUCAAAUAAACUCAGAAGGAAGCAAAAAUAAUUUUCAAUUUGACAUUCACGGAUGUUCAGAUCCGUAUAAAAAUACAGUUCAAUAAACUUCAGCGUUGUUUUCGUCAACCUAAACCUAGCAGCACAUGUAUGUAUGGGAGGUGUGUCUAUACUUUUUUCAAUCAACGGACAGAAGUUUAUGGACAUCAUGCAUCUCGGCAUAACGCCAUCACGGAGCUGAGCCCUUCUGGAGAGCCUCCACUUGUGCAGCUACACACGAACUUCCCAGCAUUUUAUGGAACCCGAUAGUUCAUUACCGUGUUCACAAACUCAGAAAGAAGCCAGAACGAUCCAAUCCAUAUCAUCCCAUACUCUAAGAUGCAUUUUAAUAUUGUCCCCCCACCUACUUCUUGGCCUUCC